UGUAUUUAUAUUUAUAUAUAAUCUAUCGUUCCUAUGCACUGAACUAUGGAAAAUUGUCACGUACUAAUAAAAAAACUUAAUGACAAGGAAAUGCAGAAUGAAACUACACAAGACUUGGAUAUUAAUUCAUCGGCUAAGAUUAUAUCAGUGAGAAGUGAAGAAAGUAUUUUUCAAGAAGCAUCAAAAAAAUUAAAAGAAUUAUCUGAUUUACAUUCAGGUCAAUCCAAAUUUCAAGAUAAUAUUAGAAUAGAUAUUAUUAAUAGUAAUAGUGAUGAUAAGUCAUUACAAGAUCAAGUUAAGACUGGGGAAAUUACACCAUUUCAAGCAAUUGAGAAACAUGAAAUAAAUACUCGAGAAGGAACACUUGAUAAAUUAUCGAAUUUGUUUGAUCUUCAAACGUAUUUUCAAAGACAAGCCGAACUUGCCAAACAAAAAAAGCAUUUGAAGAAAGCAUCAAGAUCAUUAAAUAACGAUGAAAAUAAUUCAGUACCAAAUAAAAGAAUGAAAAUAGAAACUAAUAAAUCAUUUAAGUCAAGGAAUAGUAAUUCUAGAUGUUAUUCAAGUCAAAUAAAAACAAAUGCUAUUAAAAAUUUAGCUAGUACUUCUAAUACAAGCGAAAAAAAAUGUAUAUCUAUCAAAUGUGACACUAAAGAUAAUACAACGUCUGAUGGUGAGCUAAAUCAUUCUGAAAGCGAAUAUUUUCCUAGCGAUGAUGAAGGAGAAUCUGAUAUGGAACAAAGAAGAUAUACUUCUAAGAAGAAACGUAGUAAUUCAAAACCCAAAUGUAUUAGUACAAAGAAAAUAUUAGAUGAUGGAGAUGAACAGAUUUACCUAUUAAGAAUAAAAAAGAAUAAGAAUAUGAAAGAUGAACCUGUACAUAUGGUGGAUAAUCUAUUUAAAGUACCUCAGUCUAUUUGGAAAAGAUUAUAUAGAUAUCAGAAAGUCUCAGUCCAAUGGUUAUGGGAACUUCAUAAUCAUAAUUUAGGUGGUCUAUUAGGAGAUGAAAUGGGAUUGGGCAAAACAAUACAAGUUAUUUCAUUUCUAGCUGGUUUGGAUUGCAGUGAAUUACUUUCUGAUGGUGGAAGAUUUAGAGGAUUGGGACCAACAUUAAUUAUUUGUCCAGCAACUUUGAUGGAGCAGUGGGUAAAACAUUUUCAUGACUGGUGGCCUAUUUUAAGAGUUGCUGUAUUACACCAAUGUGGAACGUAUGAUGUGAAUCCCGAGAAUUUAAUAAAUUCUUUAGAAACUGGUGGUAUACUAAUAACGUCAUAUUCAGGUAUGCUUAAACACAAAGAUUUACUCACAAAUACUCAGUGGCAUUAUGUUAUUCUUGAUGAAGGGCAUAAAAUAAGAAAUCCUCAAGCAAAGAUAAGUAAAGCAGUAAAAGAAUUUUCUACUCCUCAUCGUAUAUUAUUAACUGGUAGUCCGAUGCAAAAUUCAUUGAAAGAAUUGUGGUCUUUAUUCGACUUUAUCUUGCCCGGUAAGUUGGGCACAUUACCUGUAUUUUUAGAGCAUUGUGCUGCUCCUAUAACUCGGGGUGGUUAUGCCAAUGCUACAUCUCUUCAACAAGCUACAGCAUUACAAAUAGCCACUAUGCUUAAGGAAGCUAUUACACCUUAUUUACUUAGAAGAACUAAAGCUGAUGUAAAACGUUAUCUCAACUUGCCAGAAAAAAAUGAACAGGUAUUAUUUUGUAGUUUAACAGAUGAGCAGAGAAAAUUAUAUAAAGAACAUUUAUUAUCAGAGGAUGUAUCGUUUGUUUUACACGAAAAAAGUUCUCUUCAAGAAACUGGAAGAUAUAGAGCUCGUUUGUUGAUAGCCUUGUCUGCUCUUAGGAAAAUAUGCAAUCAUCCAGACUUAUACCUUUACACAAAUCCAAUGGAUUCGGAUGAAGAUAUCGACUUGUCAGAAGAUUUAGACAAAUUUGGUUAUUGGAAACGUGCAGGAAAAAUGGUUGUAGUACAGUCUUUACUUAAAAUAUGGAAAAAGCAAGGACAUAGAGUAUUGCUAUUCACUCAAGGAAGGCAGAUGAUGCAUAUUUUAGAAUCUUUAUUACAACGAGAGAAUCAUUCUUAUUUAAGAAUGGAUGGUACUACACCUAUGUCACAACGUCAAGAAACAAUUUAUACUUUUAAUAAUAAUACCUCAUAUUUUAUAUUUCUACUAACGACACGUGUAGGAGGAUUAGGUGUGAAUUUAACUGGAGCAAAUCGUGUAGUUAUUUAUGAUCCUGAUUGGAAUCCUGCAACCGAUGCACAAGCAAGAGAACGUGCUUGGAGAAUUGGUCAAAAUAAAAAUGUUACUAUUUACAGACUUAUUACUGCUGGUACAAUCGAAGAGAAGAUAUACCAUAGGCAAAUUUUUAAAUUAUUGCUUUCGAAUAAGGUUUUGGAUGAUCCAAGACAGAGAAAAAUUUUUAAAACGACAGAUUUAGCGGAACUAUUUAAUCUCAAUGAACCUAUAAAUGGGGAAUCUUCUGAAUCAGAUCGAUUGUUUAAAGAUUCUAAAUUAACACCCAAUUCGUUAAAAUUUUCUUCUAAUAAAAUUAAAAAAAUGAAGAAAUUGGCUUCGACCCUUAGUAAAAAUAUAAGUAAGCAGAUGAUUACAAAGGAUCUUGAAAAAAAAAUGGAUGAUUCACCUGUCGAUCCAGAGGAUAAUAUCAAGAUUGCUGAUAAAACAAAAACUAAUAAUUUAUGUAACAAUGAAAAUAAUCUAACUGCAUCCGAAGUUCAUCCCAUUAAUGUUAAUUUGAAUGUAACUAACGUUUCGUCUAAUCAUAGUAAUAAUAAUAACAAUAAUAUUUUAAAUACUCGAUACAAUAACAUGACACAAAGUUAUGAUACAAAUACUGAAAUGGAUGAUCUUAAAACUGAUCAGAGUCCUAAUACAAAUUCAAUUUCCAAAAAAAACCAUUUAGAAGAGAAAUUAAUGAAUAAAGAACAAACAGUUUUGCCUGAUGCAAGUUUGGAUAAUACAGAAGAUCAUAGUAUUUCAGAAGUUAGUCGAUUAAAAUCAGAAAUGACAACUGAGUUUUUUACUGACAAUAUUAAUGAAAUAAAAUUGCAUGAUAAACCUAAUAACAAAAAUCAACAACAGAGAAAAAAGAAAUCACGUACAGAAAAGCAUAAUAUUUCUGCUUUGUUCGAAGGCGAGCAUGUAUCUUAUCUGAUUGGACGACGUUUAAUUAAAUCACAUGUAGAAGAACCUACGGAAGUUUCCGAUGACGAAUAUGUGUUAAAAAAAUUAUUUGCUAAUUCGACUGUUAGUUCAGCUUUUGAACACGAAGCUGUUUUGUCGAGUGCACAUCAAAAUGUAAAGGAUGAAAACAUGAUGCAACGAUUAGCACGUGAAACUGCACAAGAAAGUAUGGAUUUUGUUCGUAAAUCUCGUAAGUGGUGCUCGAUACCUACAUGGAAUAAAUCCUAAUUAUAAUUAUAUCAUAUAACGUAGGCUAUUAAAAUUAUGAUUUAAGAUUGCCCAACAUCAUAGUAGAAUUAAUAUUUUGUAUUUGUAUUAGAGCUGCUUAUUUAAUUUAUUAUUAUAUAAAUAAAUUCUAUACGCGUAUAUAUACAAUUGUAUAAUAUAGUAUAAUAAUAAGUAUGUAUAUGUAUAUAUACAUGGUUAAAUUUCUGUUACUUGAACUUUUAUAACUCGAAAAACCAUUUAAUGAAUAUUUGAAUAUGAAAUAAAAAAUAUACAUUUAUAUAUUAUAUAUGAUUAUAGAAAUAUUUUUUUUUAUAUACCCGUCUUAUGGUUUUUCGACUUAUAGAAAUUUAACACGAAGUGUAUUUUGUUACAGCGAGUAACUUCUUUUAUGUGAUAUAAAAAACAAUAGAUCCCA